AUGGGAGACCGUGGCAACGUGUACUACGCGCCUACGGGCGAGACGACCGAGUGGGAAGACAUCCUGGUGAAGAAGGGCAUUCUCGCACCCAAGACUAAGGUCCAAGACGAGGAAGAAGAGGAGGAAGAGCAGAUUGACCCGCGUGAGAACGCCACGUUGGACGAACUGGAUGAGCUCGAAGACGACUACGACGACGACGCCGAGUUGGCGAGAAUCCGCGAGCGUCGCAUCCAGCAGAUGAUGGCGCAGGCAGCGCGCAACAAGUUCGGAGACGUGCAGCCCAUCGCCAAGGACGAGUGGACCAAGGAGGUGACGGAGGGCAGCAAUGAUCAUUGGGUCAUCGCGUACCUGUGGGAUGAGGCGCUCGAGGAGUGCAAAGUCAUGGACCACGUGCUGCGGGAAGUGGCCAAGAAGCACCGCGACGUCAAGUUCGUGAGCAUCCAGUCGCAGGCUUGCAUUGAGAAUUGGCCUACGCGGAAUUGCCCAACACUCUUCAUGUACCACAAGGGAGCACUGAAGAACCAACUUCUGGGUAUCCGCAAGCUCAACGGACUCGACAUGAAGGUUGAAGAUUUGGAGGAGUACCUUGCCAAGGCUGAUGUUUUCAAGGCUACCGAGUAG